AAAAAAAAAAAGCUGAAAAUCUUUUCCAUUUCAUAGAAUGGGUUAGGCUACCCACCUAACUCCAGUUAUAAACCUUCUAAAUUUGGAACAAAUUAAGUCACUUUUUCAUAUAUAGGUGAAGUUAUGGUGGAGAAGAACUAAUGAAGUUUGAACUUUUAAAUUAAACUCCUCUGUAUUAUUUCAUGGUUGUUAUACUGUGAAAUAACACAUAUAUACACACACACACACACACACAUAUAUAUAUAUAUAUGUAUAGUUGUGUUUGUGUUGGGAGAUGGAAGAGACUACUAGUAUGGUGAUGAUAAAGAUAGUUUUAGUGGGAGUAGUUUCAUGGGCAGGUUUAUUUGUGUGUGUGAGGAGAAGCUUGCCCAAGCGUUCUUUUGAAUUCAGCAACCGGAUCGUGUCUACAGUUCAUGCAACUCUUGCUGUAACUUUGGCUACCAUCUCUCUUCUUCACCAUUCUCCUAAUUUGCCCGAUUCAAAAUCCUCAUAUCACCAGAUGCAAACCCUAGCAAUUAGCCUCUCCUAUUUAAUAUAUGAUCUAAUAUGCUGCCUCUUCGAUACUCGAGUCAAUCUUGAUAACACUGUUCAUCAUUUGGUCAGCAUAGUUGGUAUAAUAGCCGGCCUUGCGUAUCAAAAGUGUGGAUGGGAGAUGGUUGGUGCAUUAUGGAUAACAGAGAUCUCCAGUCCUUUCCUGCACUUGAGAGAGAAUCUGAAAGAGCUCGGUCACAGAGAUACCGACCUUAAUUUGGCGGCUGAUCUGGCAUUUGCUGUCAUUUUCUCAUUCGCAAGAAUGGUAGUGGGCCCUUAUCUCACAUUCGUCACACUGUCGGCUCCCAAUAAUCCCCUUCUAAUAAAGGUCAUGGCAAUGGGAUUACAGUUGGUGAGUGCUUACUGGUUCUACAAGAUUGCAAGGAUGGUCAAAUAUAAACUCACAAGGAGAAAGUACACCCAAAAAAAUGCCAUGACAUAAACCAUUUGUUGUUUUACUACGAUUCUUCUGUUAUAAAUUACGAGCUAUUAGUAUUUUAUAUCUAUUCGACUUACGGCUACACUAAUACAAUUAGUAUUAUUUUCUAUGUUAUUAGUAAUGCAAGAAAAUUGGGGGUUCAUUAUUUACA